CAUCAGGAGCGGACAUGGACGACACUCAAGGACUUUCACUAUAUCGAUAUGCUGGAUUCUCUUGGCCUUUACCUGUUUUUUGUUUUUGUUUUUUCUUCUUCCUGUGAUAAGUAGCGCUUGGAAAUAAGUUUAAAAGCUCAAACAAGUUUUUUUUUACGUGUUUUUUUUACUUAAUCUGUUAAAAUACCGAACGUCUGUGUAAACAAGUGUCAGGAUUUACACAUUUCUCACAAUUCUGAUGUUCAAAUAUUAUUCCUGGGAUUGUAAAAUGGAAACUGGUGAUCUACCAGCGAGUGGGACGACGCUUGAUAUUUAUUCUGCAACCUUAUAGUAUUGGACAUUCUGGAUUUAGAUUUUUCCGAGGAUUUCCUGAGGGCAAAAUAAUGGAAAUUCAAAUUGUAAGCUUAUUUUGUUUGCUGGCGUGUUUUGAACUUUCAGUUCUUACAAGUAGUCAUAUCAGGACCGAUAUAGCUUCAAAAAACAGUUAUUUAACACAAAAAGUGCGUAAAAUCAGCAAUGAGAGACGUGUAAUUACAAAUAAACUGUAUUACGAAACUGGUAUAAAAGGAUUACAAUCUACAGGCGUGACUACAUCGCCCGCGACUACGAUAUCGAUAAAAACGAUACAUGUAUCGAGCGAAAGUCGGUCAGUGAACGUGAGCAGUGAACGAAGGGUACGAAAUCGAGGAGCAUCGGUACAGAACUUCGAAAAGUCUCAAAUGAAUAAACAUAGCCAUUCUAAAUCAAUAUUGAGACAAACGGAUAACUUCAGUCGAAUAAAAGUUAGCUAUCCCAGACAGAAAAGAGCUGCUGUCAAUGAGAGCGAAACGAAUCGAUCAGUACCGAAGCCUGAAGCGCAGAUCCAGCCUACCGAUUUACCCAUUGAUUCCUCAACCAUCCCUGAAUGGGGCACCUCAUCUGAAGAAGACUACGAAGAGCAAUUUACCCCCUUCAUUCCAUUCAAUACCCGAUCAAGAACCCCAGGGGUCAGGAAUCCGUUUUAUCCAUUGACAAGUGAAUCGUAUGGUGCAUAUGCUGUCAUGUGCAUCUCCAUUACCCUUUUCGUUGUGGGCAUCAUUGGGAAUAUAGCAAUCAUGUGCAUUGUGUGCCACAAUUACUACAUGAGAAGCAUUUCAAACUCCUUGCUGGCCAACCUUGCCCUGUGGGAUUUUGUCAUCAUCUUUUUCUGCUUGCCACUGGUUAUAUUCCAUGAACUCACUAAGGAUUGGCUCCUUGGGGAAUUCUCGUGUAAAAUCAUUCCCUACAUAGAGGUGGCUUCUUUGGGAGUGACUACAUUCACACUUUGUGCAUUGUGCAUCGACCGUUUCCGUGCAGCGAGCAACAUCCAGAUGUACUACGAGAUGAUCGAGAACUGCAGUUCCACUGCAGCCAAGCUAACAGUGAUCUGGCUCGGUGCUCUCCUCCUGGCCUUGCCCGAGCUCCUCAUCUGGCAGCUGGUGAAAGAGGAGCACGAGCCUCCGGAGGUGAUGCCCUGCGAGCAUUGCGUAGUCCGAAUCUCCACGGCACUCCCAGACACACUCUAUGUUCUCGGACUCACCUACAACAGCGCUCGCCUUUGGUGGUACUUUGGCUGCUACUUCUGCUUGCCUACCCUCUUCACCAUCAUUAGUUCGGUGACGACCGCUCACAAGAUCCGUAAGGCAGAGCGCUCCAGCGUUCGCGGCAAUCGCAAACAGAUCAAACUGGAGAGCCAAAUGAACUGCAUCAUCGUAGCUCUGGCCAUACUGUAUGGCUUUUGCAUCAUUCCGGAGAACAUAAGCAACAUCAUAUCGGUGUACAUGGCUACGGGGGUGCCACGUCGCACACUGGAUAUCCUGCAUCUGGUGAGUCAGAUGAUGCUUUUCUGCAAAUCGGCAGUUACACCUGUGCUUCUUUUGGUACUUUGUCGACCUUUCAGUAAAGCAUUCCUGGAUUGUUGCUGCUGUUGCUUUGAAGAGUGCGGCCCACCAAAGUCCUCCACGGCCACCAGCGAUGACAACGAUCAGGACGCCAACACUGACCUAGAGCUUUCACCCUACAGCACUGUCCACAGGGAAGCAUCCACCUUCCCGAGAGCGGGAACACACUGCUGAGGUUGUACCCUACCUAAGGGAUACACAUUACCCUUGCUAGGUUCAUUACCAAGGGCUCAGAUUUACUGAAUAAACCCAUCGAGAGAAGUCAUUUUCACUGGCUUGCACAAUUUUGAGAUUUAAGUGUGGUUCUUGUUUUAAUACUGCCUAAUGCUAGGCUGUGAUUUGAAAAAGAUUCCACAAACUUGGCAUUUUACCUUGGAAGAUAGGGAUAAAGAUGUUUAUUACAGGACAGAUGGUCUUAGAGAUGCAACUGCCAUAUUGCUGUUUACAAUUAAAAACAUAUGGUAUUGUCUAGUUUGUUGGAAGUUUAUAGGAAGUCUAGAGAGAUUUAUCAAUUAACUCACAUGCAAAUGUUAUAAUUGCACAAUUUUCUUACCUCUAUAUUUUUCAGUUGUAAAGAAAUAGUUCACCCAAAUUUUGGCUAUCAUUUACAGUUCUCGCCCUCAUGACGGUUGAAAUCUGUAUUGCUUUUUACAUCCGUGGAACAUACAAGAAGUGUCUUGUAGAUUGUCCAAGCUGCUUUUUUCCAUAGAAUGAAGGUAGACAGUGACCAGUGGCUGUCAAGCUCCAAAAGCAACAUAAAAGUUUAAUUAUAGUACAUGCAACUCCUGAGUUACAGUAUACACAAAGUCUUUUGAAGCCAUACAGCCUUAUCUCCUUUGCAAUUGCACAUUUUCAAACAAUGGUUCUCUUGUAUUACAGGAAUGCUACUAGGAUACAAUCAUUGAUCUUUAGGUUGAGCAACUGGUUGUCUCUUCAUCGGACAGGGUUUGGGGGGCUGUGGAUGAGGAAGGGGCGUCCCCCUUCAUCAUUUUGGAAUCAUCAUUUGGUCAGAAUUGCCACCCACCCACAGGUCCUACGGGCCCAUUAGGUCUGGGCUAUGGUGUGUUGGAUGCACCAUGUUUAAAUGAGGGAAGCAGCAGUUUGCAUAUUUUGCAAUACAUCUUUUUCAGUUCCAUGCAAGAAAGAAAAUCAUAUCUUUCUAACAACAUGCAUAAAUGAUGACGUAAUUUUCAUUUUUGGGUGAAGUAUUCCUUUAAUAUGGUAAUUUACAUCUUUUUUUUUAAAUGUGCUUCUGAGUCUUAUGGAAAGUAAUAUAUAGAAAAUGGCUGUUCAUAGUGUUUUGCGGUGUUAAGGAAAGUGGCGAUUCUUGUGAAUCGGUUAAAAGUUAAGCCUAGCUCCCUUGCCAUGUAAGUUUAAAAUUCACUCUGUAUUUGCUAGCAGAAAAAAAACUUGUAAAAUAAUCUUCAGCCUUUGGAAAGCACUGAAGCGUAUGUUGUUUUAGCCACGACAUGUCACUUUAAUAAAAAAAAAAAACCUGAAUGAUCUUAAUGGCUAAUGAGAAAUGUAUCCAGGCAUCUGGAGAAUGUAGCUAAACAAUUUGGGCAAAGAAAACUUGAGUGUUAUCAACUGAA